GCAAUUUUGCCCAAUCAUAAAUAGGGCUAUUGUGGGGGGAUGGUUGUAUGCCCGUGGCGCAUUUCAUACAUCCGAGUGUAAUGGUAACCAGAUAGAGAGGCGCCGCGCGCGGGGGCUAUCCGGCCGGUGUUAACACCCGAUGGAAUAUGGGAUCUGGAGUCUUCACGUCGCGGGUGAACUUUGGGGUGACCCGCGUCUCGCCCGAAGGCACCCGAUUCUGCCUCCAGGCGCGACGCAAAUUCUGCCGAGGGCCGCCUUCGCCCUGAGUGCCCUUCAUCGGCCUGACAUGCUGCCCUUACCGUUAACAGCGGCGGGGCCGCCCUACGCACCCAUAGAGUUGGUCACAAAGCCAUCGUCGAUCGCGUCCACCAAUGCUGAAGAUGCCGAGGACGCCGAGAAGAACACGAAUGCCGAGGAUGAAGAUGCUCAACAGCACGACGACAACGAAGACAACAUCGAAAAAGUCGAUCAAAACGAAAAUCAGACUUACGUGCCAAACGAAAGCAACGAUGAUGCCGGUGACGAAAGUGACACUGGUAGUACCAACAGUUCACAUCGAUCGGCCAGCAACAAUUUGUCAAUCGCGAAACUUCCUGAUCCGAUGUCAUGCUUGGCUCUCGACAAGGUCGGUUCUUGGGAUGUACGUCAAACUUCAUGUUACGUUCAACAUAUUCAGGAAGGAACGGUGACACCGGUGCUGAACGGUUGGGUGCUGGGCGCCUAUACAGCGAUGCUGGGCAGACUCUCUGCAGCUACAGCCGCACUAGAAGCAACCGAGGUACCCAAUAUCGCCUCCGAUAGUGAUUCCGAGAGCGAACACUCGUCAUACACUGAAAAAUCGAGAGGCAGCAGUCCGAACGUAAGCAGCGUUCAUCGCGGUUACUCCUGCGGUUCCUGCGACGUGGUAGCGCCGACAAGACCGGCCUUGAGGAAACAUAUAGCCGAUUGCCAUCCGACUCUAUCCGGCACGGAAACCGGUGAGACCAAAAGGUGUCCGGCCACGAGCUGUGAUUUUACGACGAACAGCAGAUGCGAGAUGGAGACCCACGUGGCGGCGCAUGUGGCCCAGGGGAUGACGCCCACAGGGAAGAAACGCUCGUUGAGCUUGCAACGCGUCAGAUACGAGAGGGAGGAAUACCGAUGUUCGUUGUGCUCGUACGCGUGCACAAUCGAAAAAGCGUUCCAGAGACACCUGCGAGCACACGCGAGGGGUACCGCACCAGAGACCCGGGUGAGUUGCGCCGUAUGCGGUGCCGACCGUUCGUCCGAAGUCGAUCUCAGCAGACACAUGCGGAGGCAUCGUGACGACCGAUACUUCUGCUGCGAUAUCUGCAUCUUUCGCACAGUGCAACUGAAAAAGCUGAUACAGCAUCGGCGCAUGCACACGGGUGAGAAACCACACUUAUGUCCGCAUUGCGCUUACCGAAGCGCGCGUCGCGACAAUUUGCGGAGCCACGUACGACGAGUGCACAAAAAGGAGAACCUCUACUGCGACACCUUCAGCCCACGUGGCAUGCUGAUGACACCCUCGUUGUUGGCCUCGAGGGACGCAUCGGCCAGCACCGAACUCGUGCAAAGCCCGGCGUCCUCGCCGUCCUCAAAUCCGGACGCGACUAACUAGCGAAAAUGCCCCCGGAGAACGAAGAGAUAGACAACAGUCCCAGCAGAUCCGCGGGAAGAGGAACUCGCGGUCCACGGGCCCUCCAUACGUCCUCAUUUUGUCAAUACUGCGAUCUAGAUAUUAUAGAAUUUACAGGGAAUCUCUGCCGGAUGCUCAACUUGGCAGACAGUCGAAAGAGAAUCGCAAUCAGGAUAUUAAGCUCGAGAAUUUGCAAUAUAAUAAAGAAUUAACUUAAGAGGCAAGGAGCUCAUGUAAUUUAAGUAAUUGCGACGUGAAUCGACAAAAUAAUCCGCGUCGAUCGAAGAGAGAGUGACAAAGCACUGUCCCAGAUUAGCAUCGGCAAGAUUGUCCCUCGUAGACGCUAGGGAACGUAUAGGUGAUUGCAUGCGAACGUCGGUAAUUUAAUGUAAUCUUUGAAUUCUAUCGAAAUCUUGUAUUAGCCAUGUAAACGUCCAAGUGUUACAUCGCACAGCCGAUCCGACGAAUACCCGGUAUUGGCUGUCCGCCCGUUCGCGUCGUUCGAUGACGAUGACGAUGACGAACGGGGAGAGAAAGCUGCAAGAUGGUGCUAGAAUCGUAGACUGGAUCAUGGAGAAAGACUGAAAGUAGAAACGAAUUCACGGCGCGACGUGAUGUCCAUCUCUUUUAUGCUCUUCCGCACUGACCGCCGUGAUAAAAAAAAAAAAGAAAAAGAGAAAAGAAAAUUACAAUUCAGCGAAGUUUAAGACUGCAACUCUGUGUUGUCUCGGGGAUUCCCGUGUUAAAUAUCGCGUGACGCUUUAUCGAUACUCAUUAGCCAUCCGUUGAUUGAGUAUAAACUAGAUUUCUAGUUAAAUUUCAGAAGUUUAUCAUUUCAAUUUUCGACAUCUGCUGCGAUCAUGUUUUUUUUUAUUAUAUAAUUUUAUGUUUCUUGAGGCUUAAUAUAAUUCGAGUAAAUUGACAAAUUCGAGCAACAGCUCGCAAUUACUCGCGUCCUACAAAGCGUACAAGAAAAACGUACGAGUCUUCAUCGAAUCAGGCUAAUGGUUAAUGAGAUCAAUAAAAGCAUCGAGUCACGACAUGACAUGUCGCGAGGAUUCCGGUCCGGAUGGAAAGGUGCUAUUUUACGAAGAUUUGUUUUAACGUGUCGUGUAUCUAGCAUACGUAUAAUUCAUUCUCGCUGCAAGAGUCGCCAAACUAUAAGUAACUGUUAAGUACUUGUUAACGCGAAUAUAUUAUUAUAAUAUAUUGUUAUCGUUAAGUUGCCGUUAUUGUUUUAGUACUAUUCGCGGAUCAAUGAUGCAAGAACAAGAGGCUGUUAUGAUUACGAAGUAUUAUAAUGACAGGUAGAAUAUACACGCGUAUCACGCGAGACAGACACGCCCAACGCGUUUCUUUUUGCAAAAUAAAGAAUGAGAAUUCACAAGAAUUGAUGCACUCUUAAACCGUACUAAAAACAAAUUAUUCUCUACACUUAUUAAAUUAAAAGAUUAUCGUAUAUCGUACUGCAAAUUUGUUAAGGAAGUGGGUAUUAAACACAAAUCAUCAGUUCUUGCAAAAUUAAAAAAAAACAUUCGUUGGGUGCUUUUCUUCGCGCGCGAUCGGCAAAAGUAUUUUGUGUACGUCUCUCUCCCGUAGGAUCCAAAAACCGUCCCUCGUGAUCGAUCACACGCCGCUCGAUCAUUUGCUCAUGCAAGGGAGAGAAGGAAGAUAAAACUGGAGGCCGAUACUUAUAACAGAAAUAUGUGUCAAUUUUUAAUGUAUCAUACACAUACGUUGUAGUCAAUAGAAAAGAUUUUUAACACGUGCAUGUGGCGAAUAACGGCAAAAAAUGCCACAAUGACGUCCGUCAUCUCAUCGAAAAUGAUAAUACUACUAAAUUACAAAGUAUACGAUGAUGCAAAGUCGAGGCUACAGUACACGACCAGUUUCACUGCGGCGCAUUCCGAUCCUUUAUAUUCAAACACGUUACUUUUUAUUUUACUGGCGAGCAUCAGGUUUCUUUAAACUGAAGUUACUGCUAUUGCAUCAUUCGGUAAUUCGCUGAAGUCUCAAAACUUCGUUUAACAUUGCUGUCAUCGUCGGUCCUAUCUUCGCUAUACAUAUAUACAUAUUUGCGAGUAUGAUGUGAAGAUCAUUCCGUGCCAAGUAGUGUGAAUCUUGGAGUAAACGUAGCCACACGGGCGAAUGUGAUUUAGAUUUUAAUUAAUUAUAUUACACAAUUGUAUACACACAUUAAAUAUUAAAUUAUAUUUUAUCUUUGAGGUAAAAGAAGACGGCUACUAUAGUAUCCAGAAAUAAUUACGAUUACGCGUGGAUCGUUGGCAAAAAUAUUUAUUGCAGAUUGUAUAAUGAUACAAAUCCGUUCGUCCGAAAUUCAUCGGGUUUGACAUUACACGUAUAGUGCACGUAUUAUAAGUGUGCAUAUAGUUCACUCAAUCAUGAGUUGUAGCUGUAUACGCGUCAGUAUACAUACGUACCUAUUUGCUUUUGAUACAUAUUGUAUCGGAGUAGUAUUUUGUAUUCGUAAGUUAAUGCCUUUAGUGCGAUACUUCAUCAUGCGGCGCGUAUCGAUGCAAUCUUUUUAUAUACAUCAUUUUACGUGAAGUGCUCUGACCGCAAAGGAUGACUUAUACUUCUCUUCAUUUCUUCCGCGCGUAUUCACACGUCGUCGUCGUCGAUUGCGAAAAUACACCGAGCGCAUUAGUAAUAUGCGAAAUAUUUAUAUUAAAGAAUAUUGUAUAUCGUUAUACGUCGCGAUACGCAUUCGCAUAUGCGUGUAGCUACGCUGAUUACUCGUUAAUUGUACGUCCGCAAUUAGCGCGACUGGUUCCGUCCGCCGUUUUAGCAUUUACUUCAACUACCUUGUUGUGUUAGGUUUUUGAUUUCGAUGAAGAAUCUCAUCAGAACGUUUCGUUCGUUAUCGUACGGUCAAGAUAGUUGUUGCGAAGAACCUAUACGUAAUGUAGCGAAAACAAAGAAAGAGAGGAAAAUCUCAAGAACGGAUGUGAAAUUUCGCGCGGCUGAACAUACAGUGCUUUCCCGUAAUUUGUGAGAAACGCGUAGUUUUCCCUCGGUGAUGAUUAUACGCGCGUAAUAAGGACAAUUUAGUUUAUCGUGUCGUCUCCGAUUAGCGUCUCAGGUACGACCGAGAUUUAUUCGCACUAUUACAUUACGAGCUCAUAACUGAUAAGCAGCGGCGCCGUGCCAAUAUUACGAGGACAAAAAAAAUAAAAGCGUGCCAAAGUAACCCCGGCUGUAGGGGGAUGAACGAUGUUCUACGAAAAGAGGAAAUAUGUGAGACGAGGAGAAAGCUGCCUCGGAUGCGAAAUGCGCGAUCAGAGAUUUCCUCGUCGUUCACUGGAAAAUCGCGAAACUAAUACAUAUUACAUUUUUAUUUAUUAAUUGAUUAUUAUGAAGAAAGAAAAAAAGUACAACUAUAAUUUUUCGAUUCCAUAAAAGUAUAAUAAUUCGGAAAAUUUAAAUCGUACUAUAUUCUAUACCACAAUUUUCUGUUAUUGUUUUUGUUCUCGCUUUAUAGUUUUUGUUUUUUUUUUUAAGUGUUCAGAGAUUUUGAUAACGAAUUUCGGAAUCUGCGAAUGCGAUCAGAAAGGAAAUCGAAGAAAUUUGAUCGACCGUUUCCGCGUCUGUUGCGAGCACGAACUAGUUGUUACAAUCUUUUAACUGUUGAAUUUUUGCUGUAGCAGUAAGUGUCUUAACGUAUACCUUAUAUAAACUACACGAUAAUAUAUUCUAUAUUAAUGUUUCUUAGAUUUAAAUCUAACACACCCCACCGGAUAAACGGACGUAUCUACGACGACCGCCAUCGUCGAUGACGCUCUUUUAAACGCGAAUUGAGAGAUGCUCGUAGCUGGAAUCUGUGUAGCAAAGCCACUGAGCUGUUUACGUCAUCGUGAGAUCUUACUAACAGCAUCGGGAGGAUAAAGAAUGAAGAGAGGGUUAAUUGUUCCAAUACGGAGAUGUUAACCUUUGGCGAUGUGGAUACUUGGAACUAGCGUUAUCUAUUGAAAGUAAAAUGUUCCAAGCGGAAUUCUGCGGGAUUAUUCUUGUGCCAAACGACAUGGGCGUAAUAGCAUUUAAUAUUGUAACGUAGGAUAUUUUAAAAUUGAUAGGUUCAACUAUUCAAAUAUGUAAUUCUAAAUAUUUCUAAAGAUUUAUACAUGUAUGAUACGUUUAUAGUUAAAAGGAAAACUUUAUAUAUAUUUUAUAUAAUUCUUUUAUGGUUCUAUUUUCAUCUGCGUCAUUGUAUAUUCUUGAAUAACUCGGAAAGAACCAAGUGUCCACGUUGAAGAUGAUAACUGUAAAAUGAUUGGGCAUUAAUAAGCUUUCUCAUUUGGCGCGAGAGUGGCGAGGAGGAGCUCGUCGUAGAACGUCCGACCGGUUGUCUUAAAAAUUAAUACAAUCUAAAUGUGAUAAUAUAUUUGCUAUUAAAUUAUGACGUAACGAUUACAUUAUAAUUAAACUGACAUCGCGCGAAAAUGUACGAAGAACAAAAAGAGAUGAGCAAUUUUGAGAGUCCAUUUAUCGAACGAAGCUGGCGUUACGGGCAGGGUGAUCUGGACAUUAACACUCUGAAAUCUUUUCUGCAGAAUUUGAUCGACCGAGCGAGUACAAAGCGAUCAGAAGCUCGACAUUGUCGAAAUUCGAUCGAAAUUGACGCUGAUUUAUACUUUUUGUAAAUUAAUUCUUUGCGCUAUUCCGGAAAUUCUUUGCAAGAUUUAACUAAUUCUCGACAAUAAUCGAAAGAAGAGAAUAAAUGUACUUUUAUAAUUCCUAAUUUGCCUUGUAAAUUAUAUUAAUCUACUUUAUAUUUUGACAGAAUCGUAUGUUUUCGCAAAUGCAUUAUUUCUAAUUAAGUUUUCAUUUCCGUGUUUUUUUGCAAACAACACGGGCGCAAAGAAUUAAAUCUGAACAAAUCACCCUUCGCUGCACUCCGGCAGGAAUUCGAAUAAAAGUACGAAACCGCGUUCUGCUUGCCAAAGAAUAAAGACUCUUACGCUCUAUGCAUAAUAUAUACACACAAGUAUACAAUUAUAUAAAUGUACGUGUAUGUGUGUGAGUGUGCCUAAAGAUUUUUUCCUCGGACUAAUCUCUUACACUUUCUAUGUCACUGUCUCUCUCUCUUUCUCUUUAUCGUGUGCUCUCGAAUCACGCGUUCCAGUCAUAAGCGAUUUCGAAAGACUAUUAUUGUAGUUUGACGGUUUCAAAUUACACUCACGAUGCCUCGUAUCCAUGAAACGCAAUUGUUAUAUCUAUAAUUGUGCAAAUUGUUAAAAUUGUUUGUCUUAUUCUCUACCCGCUUGUAAGACUAUAAUGAUCUGUAUAAUACGAGGAUUGAUUAGGAAAAAUUAUAAAAUCUCACAACUUGACAAUUAAUUUUUUAUAUAAAUAUAUUUAUCGACAUAAUCGAUAUGAUAGAUAUUAAGAUUUUUAUUAGAGACGAGAUUCUUUCCAAAGCAGAUUGGUACGGGGCGUCACAAACUUAUUAUUAAUUUGAAUAGAAAUGCAGAGAAGAGGUUGAACCGUUCAUCUCAGCCCUUAUCCGAUAAAUUUCGUAAACGGUUUAUUUCUCAAUUGUCAAUUAAUAACAUAGGAAGAUAUUUAACUAAAAAACAAUAAGCGCUUUUGUCAUACGUAAAUAUAAAACUAAUUCUUUUGUAUCAGAAAGAUAAUCAGGAGCUGUAUAAGAUAAAAAUCAUGGUAUAAUCAAUAGAAAACAAAUUUAUUCUAUAGAGACACUUUGUUCUCUUUCAUUGGCAUCCAGAAACACGUAUGUACAUAUAUAGAUAGAAAAUUAUGUAUCUGUCAAUUCUCGAUAAAAAGAUCUUGCACGAGGUUGCAUUGUCGGACGAGGGCUGGCCGUAUUGUUUAACGAUUGUCUCUCUAUGUUCCGACAUAAUAGUAGACACUCCGUCGAUCGUUCCUCUUUAUAAAAAAAUAGCGUACGCAGCGCACGCACUCAGGAUCCUGACUCGAGAUGACCGCGAGCGAUCUCGCACUCUUUUCUGCCAAGUAUACGAAAGUAAACGCGCGUUCCAAUCUCUGCCUCCACUCUUCCGCAAGAAAAAGAUAAGGAAAUCGGAGGAGAUGCUCACUUCGCGUAACCCACGAACUCGCGCUUGAAUAUUUUUUUACGAUUUUAUGGCCUAAACGUUCGGGCGUGACACACGCCGGAAAUACAUGGGUACACUUUACACGGGUUUGCGCGACCGAACACAACAAAUCGAUCGCAAUAAAUUAUUCUCACGGCGGUAAGGGGAAUCAUUGUGUGAAAGCGAGUCGCUCGUGGGAAUAUAAUUUCUUCGUGUGAUUCACGAUGGUGAAUGCCGAUGACCUCACGCGGAAUUCUUACAAACAUCUCGAAUUCUCUUUCUCCCUACUUAUUCCACCCCAUUCUUUCUCGCUUCUCGUUUUAAGACCAGCAAUACGAACAGCGAUAAUUCUCUGCGCGAGAGUUAAGAGAGAUGCUCCUUUCGUCAUACGUUACGUCGAGCAAUAAUUGUUAAUAUGUACGUUAAUAUUUUCUAUUAUAUUUCAUUAAUUACUGUACGAGUUAUUAGAUGCAACCUGUAGAGUCAUCGCAUCAUUAAACGUCCGCUGAAGGAUCAUCGGCGAUCACUGGAUGAUUUUGUCACGCGUUUUUAUGUAUACGGCUGCUAACACGUGCGUGCGCGCGUACCUGCUUAUAUGUAACGAUCAAUCUUAAGGAAAUAAUUAACGAAUAAACUAGUUAAACUUGUCGUCACCAUUGUGAUUUAAGAUAGUAGAGAUACCCGCGCAAGUCACUCGAUAGUGCAGGUGCAAUUGACGCGCUUCGUUCAAAAGCGAUUAUUUGCCGAAAUUGCAAACAUUCAGUAGUUGAAAAAUUAGUUGAUACAAUAAAUUUAAUGUAAUCGUCUAGAGUGAGACAUUCUAAGGAUAAAUGUCAAUGAUAGCGUUGCGACAUAGAGGAAGCGCUAUUAUCUAGAAGAUAAAAAUUCUAUUUUUCUUAUACGUUACAUAUAGAGAUAUUAUUUGUAACUUUUUUAAGCAUAGAUAAUUAUAGUGCUUUCUUUCUCUUCUUCCGUGCAACUUCUUCAUAUUUUUUGAUAUUUAUCUGUAUAUUCCAACAGUGAGAGAUAUAUUGUUGUAUAUUGUAUAGCUUGCACCUGCAUGGAGAAUCCUCGGCGGGAAAACGUUUACCUGUUUGUAUAGCCAAAGUCAUUAUUUGUCUUUGGCACGAUAAAAGUCUUAAUAAAGGUUUCAUUAAAAUA